AUGCACUCCAAGGCGGUACCUUCAAGAAGGGAACGACACCGGCGCGCCGCCACCGCCCGAUCCAAGGAUCAGAGUUUCCCCCGGAGCCACAUGACGGGGAAUGAUAGCCGCGACGACGCCUUCAAGAAGGGAACGAUCUUCGCCGCCGCCGGUCCGUCCGAAGAUAGAACAUGUUUUCACCUCGGCCAACACUCACCACCACCGAACGCCACACCCCGGCAACCAUGCCGCCCACACGGCCAUGGAGACCGGGCAGCACCAAGGCACGGGCUCUGCCCACGAGCACCGCACUACCACUACCAGGGCCGCCGCCCCAGCAUCCAAGACCUUGACACAACCUCACCCGAGACCCGUGGCACCCCAACGAAAGAGACGAGCGAAAAGUCCUGCUGCACCGUGCGCGAGACAAGCUCGGUCCUGCUGCAUCGGGCGCGGGACGAGCUCGGUCCUGCAGCACCGGGGCGCGAGACGAGCGGUGGACCGCAGCUGGGAGAGGACCAGCCCAUUGAUGGGAGUAACGCCCGGGCGACGAGGAGAUGGGGUGAAGGCCGAAACGGCCCGACUGCAGACGAGCCGACGCCGGAGAAGCCGGCCGCUGCCGCGAACAGAUCCGUCGAGCUACCGUGGAGCGGCCACGACACCGGGAGGCCAUCACCGAGACCUUCCCACGCCGCCGCCCACGGCCGGAGCAGCGGCCACGCCCGGCCGCUGUCCAACCCGCGCCGCCUGCCGGAACACUCGCAUCAGAUCCGGCCGGCACGCCCCCACCUCCACCAGCACCAGCCCGCCUCCGACCCCGACCGAGAGGAGAAGGAGGCCGAGCCAUGGCCCGAAGAGAAGGGGUCCACCGGGACCCGCCCGCUGCAGCCCGUGGUCGGAUCUGGACCACUGCCGCCACCAGGCGUGCCGCCCCCGGAGCCCCGCCCGCCGCCAGGCAACAGCAGCAGGCGGCUCCUCAGCCUCGCCGGAGCAGCAGCCCGCCAAGGCAGAGCGCCCUCCGGCCCACGCUGCCGCAGCCCGAGCCGGCCGCCAAGGGGAUCUGGACCGACAGGAGCCGACCCCGCCAUCUCCGCCUUGCCAGCCGCCCAUCCAUCCGCGCAGCCGCCGCCGCUGCUCCACCGGCAGGCCGCGCCACACCAGCACGGCCGCCCGGGUCGCCGCCGCGCCGCCCCGCGCGAGCGACGCACCCCUGCCAAGCUGUCGCGUCUGCGCCGCGAGCAACAGGGGAGGGGGCUAGAAGGCCCCGCCGUAGCCGACGCCGACCGGGCUUUGCCCGGCGGCGCCCUCCGGCGGCGGCGAGGAGGAGAGGAGCCGCCGCUCCACCCUCACCGUCGACGACCCACGCCGCCACCCACCCCACCGCCGCCCUCACUCUCCCCUCGCCCCCCUCGUCCUCGACCAACCUCGCCGCCCGCCCGUCCUACACCCCGGAGGCGGCCUUCACCCCGCGACCCAGAGGGGUACGAGAAGAGCGAUGUCCUCGUCCUCCUCAGCCGGCGGCGAGGUGAGACGGCCAAGGAGCUCGGCGACCUCGCGCUCUUCCUCGCCCCGCUCCGCCAUUCGGCCUAUGGCUGCUCGCGGUCGACCUGCACAACCUCCUCUCUCUCCAGCCCAUCGUCUGUUGCUCCCACGCCAUUGAGCUCACCACCACCGACGGUGAUCUGCUUCUUCCUGUCCAUGGAGGUGUGCAUCUUCCAUUCAAGGCAACAUGGUGACUCUAGUGCCGACAAGAUGCUCAUCGAGGUGCCCAAGUACUGCUAUUGCUAUUGUUGCUUUCAGUAUGGUUGCUGUUGUUGCUUCUCAGUAUGGCUGCUGCUGUUGCUUCUCAAUAAUGCUGCUGCUGUUGCUUCUCACUACUGCAGCUAUUUCCCUACUGCUGCUGCUGCUCCUGUCAAAACUGUUGCUGUUAUUGCUUCUUAG